AUGGCGCGCUCAAAGGACGCUGCAGUGCACCUGCAAGCCCUGUUGACCGCGCUGGACGCGGGGCAGCUCGCCCAGGCGGACGCCGCUUCGACACGUCUGUGCCGCAGCACCGACACGAACCGCGUCACUCCGGCAGACUUCGCUCGUCUGCUGCACCACGUCGCCCAGCCACAAUCAGAGCGGGCUUACGUUGCCGCGGCGCACGUCGCAUGCACCCUCGUCUACACUGGCAGCACGGGCGUGUGGGCGGCCUCGGUGGUGCCGCACGCAGCAGCCGCUGCGCUGGCGCGCGCGCUGUGCGCCCCAGACCCCCUGCUUGCCAAGCGGGCGGCGCUGGGCUUGACAAUCGUGUUGUCAGCGAUGCCCAACAACGAGGCCCGCAUCCUACUGCAGACUGCAAUCGCCCAGGUGCCCGGCGUCGUUGCCGCGAUGGGACGGCUGCUGGGCGGCGACGCCAUCGAGCGCGGCUGCGCCGCGACGAUCCUCCACUUGCUGCUCCGAGCAGCAGGCUCAGGCACCGACAUUGCAGCGACCGCCGCAGUGGCCGCCGCGCAGCCAGGGGCACUCUUGGGCCUGAUCGCCGCCACCACCGAGCGCCCGCAUGCGCUCUCCGCCAUGACAUGCUGGUCUUGCCUGUCCGGUGUGGGGAACGUCCCGUUCGAAGAUCUGGCGCGGGCCGUCAGGGACGCGGCUAGGCGCGGCGUGCUGUGGCGCGCCUUGGAAGCGGCGGCGCAGCUGAUCGUGCGCGGCAACGACAACGAGUUCGGCGGGGCAGCCGAAUGGCUCGUGCUUAUGUGUGAGCACGAGGCCGCCAGGGAGGAGGUCGCCGCCCAUGCCGGCGUGCUGAGCGCACUGAGAGGCAGCCUGCGCGGCGCCCGCGCCCUGCCUGUUCUGGAGCUGCUGAUAAUGCUGCUACGAAGUGUUUGGCCGCAGGCCGGCGGUGAGCCCGCGGUGAGCGGGGGCGCCUUGCGCCGGGCCUGCGGCAACAGCGGCGCGGCGGCGGACAGAGAGUGCGAGAGCAGCGGCUCCCGCGUCAGCAGCAGCGGCGGCAGCGGCGACACGGGCGUUGGUAUCGGUGGCUUGGGCGACCCUGGGCUGCUGUCAGAGGUGGUGCGUGCGGCAGGCGGGCCGGACCUCCGAGUCAGCAGGGCUGCGCUGUAUUACCUUCGCACAGCUGCGGGGCCCGAGAUUGAUGUGUGGGCACUGCCCCUGAUGGCGCCCAUCGCUGUCGCGACGCUACGCAAGGGCGACAACAUGAGCACAGCGUUCGUGGCCGGCCUGCUGUGCGCCUUGGAAUCGCCCCAACAGGCGGCCACCCUCCUCGCGCUGGGCGCGCCCGGCGCGCUGCGCGCCGCCGCGGCACCCGCCGAGGUCGGCUGCGAUGACUCGCUGCGGGCGGCCGUCUGGGCGGCGGGCGGUGCCCUUCAUCUGCACUCUGCGGCGCAGCCCUGCAGCGGCGCCCAGGCCCAGCUGCCGGGCGAGGCCACUUGGGCGCUGGACGUGCUGGCCGCAGCGCUGUCAGGCCGCAUGGGCGUCAAGGGCGCCGAGAGCGCGGUCACAAUUGCCGGCACUCUUAUGGAGCGCCCGACAUCGGCCGCAAUCGCUCGCCAUCCUGGGAUGCUGAGCGGGCUCUGCGUCGCCGCUGUGGAAAGCGGGGACGAAGACACACUAGGCACGGCCGCAAGCGCGGUGCUGGCGGCAGCGAGCCAUGAGUUGCACCCGAGGACGAGCUCUGACGCGCAGGCGGCCUUCGCCGGCGUCCGCGGCGCCCACGAGAGAGGCGACCCACACUGCCGGUCCAGCACCCUGGGGCUGCUGCGUUUCGUACUGGGCGCGCUUGCGAAAACCGCCGACGCGGCCAUCGCUGGAGAGGUCGCGGCGGGUCUCGCGGCGCUCAAGGGCGACAGCGGCGCGGGGGGCGGCGCGGGGGGUAGCAGGGGCAGCAGCGGCGGCAGUGGCACCAGCAGCGUCAUUGGUGGCGACGGUGGUGGCGGCGGCGGCAGCGGCAGCGGCAGCACUGGCACCAGCGGGAGCAUUGGCACCAGCAGCAGCCGCGGCGGCGGCGACGGCGACAGUAGUGGCGCCAUCUGCGGCAACGGCGAGGGAGAGGGCAAAGAGCCAGCUGCCCCCGGCACGUCACAACGCGAAGGCGAGAGGACGCCCGCGCCGCCGCGACAGCCCAAGGCCUGUGCCAUGUGCGGCAAGACGGAGACACAGCUGGGGCGGCCACCCAAGGCCUGCGCUGGCUGCCGCAGUGUCAGGUAUUGCGGCGAGGCUUGUGCCAAGGCGGCGUGGCCAGCGCACAGAAAGGCAUGCCAGCAGCAGCAGCAGCAGCAGCAGCAGCAGCAGCAGCCACAGGAGAAGCAGCAGCAGCAGCAGCAGCAACAGCAGCAGCAGCAGCAGCAAUAG